AUGAGUUGGAAUCCAACUACUGAUUCAUUUCAUUUCAUCUGGUCAAUCUCACUACUCAAGGAAACAACUGAACGAACCGUACCUUCUACAAUUACUCGACUCUUCGAUCCCCUCGGAUUUCUAUCAUCGAUUUUAAUCAACGCCAAAAUCCUCAUCCAAGAGCUUUGGUCAAAAAACCUAGAAUGGGAUGACUCUUUACCAGCUCAGUUGUACGACAAAUGGACGUAUUUUCUGCAGCAAAUUCAAGAGCUUCCUACAUUAUCAUUCUCUCGAUGGCUUGGAAUAACAUCACAGAAUUCCAUCGAGAUUCAUGGCUUUUCUGAUGCAUCUCAACAAGCUCUGGCUGCUGUUGUAUAUCUUAGGUCCAUUGACCAGGAUGAGAAAGUUCAUACUUCACUCAUUUGUUCUAAGACGAAGGUAGCACCACUUAAAAGGCUGACUAUUACUCGACUUGAGUUGUCUGCAGUUGUGCUCCUCACGAAGCUAGUUCAUCAUAUCGUGCAAUUCUUGAACCUUGACAAAGCACCAGUACAUCUUUGCACUGACUCAGCCAGCGUCUAUACUUGGAUCAGCAAUCAUACUUCGCGAUUGAAGGAGUUUGUUCACAAACGAGUAUGCUUCAUUCAAGAAGCAGUUCCCACAGCAAAAUGGCAUUAUAUACCGGGCAAUGAAAAUCCUGCUGACUGUUUUACUAGAGGUUUGACUCCAAGUCAAUUGUCUUAA